AGAAAAGUGCAAAAUAAAUAAACCGAAUAUGAACAUCCGUGUUAAAAUUUUAUUAGGAGAAGAACAUAUCUUUGAAAUAUUGCCUUCGGACACAGUACUACAGGUAAAACAAAAGAUUUUCGAUCGUUUGGGCAUUGAAGUAGCUCAUCAGGUAUUAUUGUAUUUAGGAAAGGCACUCACAGAUGAGAAUGAAAUCAUCUUUUAUCCAGGCAUUAAAGAUGGCAGCAAGCUAGUUCUUGUGCGAAAGAAUUUGCAAACGUCACGUAGUAAAAAUGGAGUAUACAAAUUUAAACAAGAAAUGCUAAAAGUACUAAAAACAUAUUAUUCAGAAGCUGAUGCUUUAACGAUAGCGAAUGAAACUACGAAAGAUCUGCAAAAUAAAGUAAAUCAUCUUAGCUAUGACGAUUUGGAAAGGUUAGCAACGGCACUGAUUCAUGAUCAAGAAAAUAAAUUUUAAUUUAUUAUUUGAAAUACUUAAUUUUUAAUAAGUCAUUUUGUUAUAUCAGUGUAACAUUACCUUAUCUACCUGAUUUUGUUUAUAAUACAAUUUGUUUAUGAUACA